GACGCGUUUAUCCUCCCUCUCUGUUUUCUCUUGCUUUCACUCUCUCUCGUUCUCUUCGAAAAAUCUAGGGUUUUUCAUCUUCUCCUCCUUCGCCUCCCUCUUAAAUUUCACAGGAAAGAAAAAUGCCUAGGUAUGAUGACCGCCGAAGUGGUACUCGCCUUUAUGUUGGUCACUUGUCUUCCAGGACAAGAUCACGAGAUCUUGAGGACAUGUUUAGCAGAUAUGGGAGAAUACGUGAUGUGGAUAUGAAGCGCGACUAUGCAUUCGUUGAAUUCAGCGACCCUAGAGAUGCUGAUGAUGCAAGAUAUUCAUUGAAUGGUCGAGACCUAGAUGGAAGCCGUAUCAUUGUUGAAUUUGCCAAGGGAGUGCCCCGUGGCCCUGGUGGGUCUCGUGAUUUCCCUGGAAGAGGUCCUACUCCUGGAUCAGGACGCUGCUUCAACUGUGGAAUUGAUGGGCACUGGGCUCGUGAUUGCAAAGCUGGGGAUUGGAAGAAUAAGUGUUAUCGUUGUGGUGAACGAGGCCACAUAGAAAGAAAUUGUCAAAAUAGUCCAAAGAAACUGAGCAGAAGACCGCGCAGUUUCUCUCGCUCACCUAGUCCCCGCCAUGGUAGAAGCAGAAGCCGCAGUUACAGCAGGGGACGUAGUGACAGUAGAUCGAGAACACCUGUGAAGAGAGAACGUAGUUUCGAGCGUGAUGAUAGAUCGAGAACGCCUGUGAAGAGAGAACGAAGUUUCGAUCGUGAUGAUAGAAGAUCAAGGAGCCCUAAGCGCCACAGGGGUUCUCCAUCCCCAUCCAGAGGGAGGAAGCAUAGUCCAGCACCUGAUGAAAGAAGCCCACAAGAGAGAGGUAGCCCUUCCCCAAGAGAUCGCACGCCCACCAAUGUUUCGGAUUACAGUGCAAGUCCCAGGGGAAGGAGCAGAACCCCAGAUCGUGAAGCUGAUACCGAGGACAGGGCUUACAGGAGCUCUGGAAGAGAAAACGGCCACAGCCGCAGCCCUAGCCCACUCCCUAAGGAUGACCAGAGCCCCAUUUAUGAUGACGAUGAUAAUCAUGCUUCUCCUAGACGCAGUGAAUCAAAUUAAUCUGCGGUGGUUUGAAUUGGUGUGGAUAAUAGCCAUAUAAUACUCAAAAUUUCUCCCAAAAUCAACAGUGCAAAGUCAAAUCCAAAGAACUAAUGGCUGAGAUGUGCUAAAAUGACGCCU